AUGCAAUUUGAGUCUCCACUGAUAAAGGAGUGUGUGAGUUUUGCGGAUACCUUGGUUACGGUACCAGACAUGGAAGAGUACUCGUUGGCUCUGAAAUAUUUUGAUAAAUUGCUGCAGCGGGUCGGUCCCUUUGAUGAUGAAGGGUUUGCGUUGCCUGGUAACAACUUGAUGGCGCCGUAUUACUCGCCCACCUUAGACGGUGGAUUGUUUCCCUUAGACACAUGGUUUGGGCAGAGUUGGUAUAUGAACGCUCCGUUCUCCAAGUUGGAGGCUGUGGUUUUAGAUG